UGCUAAAUACGGCUUGUCAUUGAAGAAAGAAUAAGAAGACUAAAGGUGAAAGCAAAGAAGUUAUUGCCCAGUAACCCACCCUGAGAGGUUACUUUAAGGCGUGAAGAGAUGAAUUAGAAGAAGCUUUGAUGUUGAGGCAAGUAAUAACAUGACUUGCAUGGAAAGAAAAGAGGAAUAAAAAGUAGGAUGCACAUUCAAAUGGCGAAACAAAGUUGGAAAUUCGACGAGGACAGUUAAGGAGGGCUUUGUUGUUGAAGGAGACUUUUAGGUAUUGAAGCCAUGGUUCUCACAGUGGUUGAGCGUGAAGAUCCUGAGCCUGAGAGCUAUAUUCACCCUGUUUUUGCCUCCAGACAAAUCCAACACCCCCUCCCAAGGUUUAGGAUGCCUGAGAGACCAACUCCAAAGGAAGUAGCAUAUGAGGUGAUCAGGGAUGAGCUCUUGUUGGACGGGAACCCCAGACUGAACUUAGCAUCCUUUGUGAACACAUGGAUGGAGCCUGAAUGCCACACACUCAUCAUGGAUUCCCUCAACAAAAACUAUGCCGAUAUGGACGAGUACCCCAUCACUACUGAGCUACAAAACCGAUGUGUGAAUAUGAUAGCCCGUCUCUUUAAUGCUCCAAUUGGAAAAGAAGAAACAGCAGUUGGCGUUGGAACAGUUGGGUCUUCUGAGGCCAUAAUGUUGGCUGGGUUGGCAUUCAAGAGGAAGUGGCAAAAUAAAAGAGAGGCACAAGGCAAACCCUAUGAUAAACCCAACAUUGUAACUGGUGCCAAUGUUCAGGUAUGUUGGGAGAAAUUUGCUAGGUAUUUUGAGGUGGAAUUGAAGGAAGUAAAUCUUAGAGAGGGAUACUAUGUGAUGGACCCAAGAAAGGCUGUGGAGAUGGUGGAUGAGAACACAAUUUGUGUGGCUGCCAUCUUGGGUUCCACUCUCAAUGGAGAAUUUGAAGAUGUGAAGCUCCUCAACGAUCUCUUGAUAGAGAAGAACAACAAAACAGGGUGGAAUACUCCCAUCCAUGUGGAUGCAGCCAGUGGUGGGUUUAUUGCACCCUUUGUCUAUCCAGACUUGGAAUGGGACUUUAGGCUACCCUUAGUGAAGAGUAUCAAUGUUAGUGGACACAAGUAUGGACUGGUUUAUCCAGGUAUAGGCUGGGUUGUUUGGAGAGCAAAGGAAGAUUUGCCUGAAGAGCUAAUAUUUCACAUCAAUUAUUUAGGAGCAGACCAACCAACCUUCACCCUAAAUUUCUCCAAAGGUUCGAGUCAGAUUAUUGCUCAGUACUACCAGUUCAUCCGCCUUGGUUUUGAGGGUUACAAGAAGGUGAUGGAGAACUGUCACGAGAGCGCGAGGAUAGUGAGAGAAGGGGUAGAGAAAACGAGACAAUUCGACAUAAUCUCUAAGGAGAAGGGUGUUCCAGUGGUUGCCUUCUCUUUCAAGGACCCUGAGAGGGCAACUAUGGCUUUUGAGCUCUCAAAGACCCUCAGAAGGUUUGGCUGGAUCGUCCCGGCGUACACAUUGCCUGCAGAUGUUCAACAUAUAGUCGUUCUACGUGUGGUUGUGCGCGAAGACCUGGGCCGAGGCCUUGCAGAGAGGCUUGUUUCACACGUGGGAAUGGCCUUACAGGAGUUAGAAGCCUCAGUGACAAAGUCCAUCCCUCACCUUGUGCUUAAAAUUGAGGUUAAGCCAGAGGAAGUUGGAGAAGAAACUAAAGUCAGUGCCAUAGUGAAAGGGAUCCAUGGCGGGGAUAAGGAGUGGAAGAAGAUACAUGUAAGUGGUAGUAAGACAAAGGGAGUUUGUUGAAAACCAGCAAUGCCAUAUUAUUAAGGGUGUGGUUUGUAUUUAGCCGGAGCUCUAAAUCAUUGAAGUAAAGAGCACCUUCA